GCACUGCACAUUCUCCAAUUGGACUGUCGGCACGUCAAGGAUAGGAAAAACCAUAUGGCGGCAUCCAUGAAUGGUUUCACGAUCGCGAAGAUGAGUUCGGGGAUUCUGCCGGGACGUGAAUUUUGAAGAUGGACUAAGCUCAUUGACUAAAAUACAGUAUAGGAAUGCUGAUCGUGAAUGUCGUAGUUGCUGAUGAAUACAUUAGCGGAAUUGUGAUUGACGAGUGUCUCACUGAAAAUGAUGGUGUUCGUGUCUUGGAGGUGCAUUCCAAUCAACUUGAUGUUUAUCACCAUGGAAUCGAGGAUCACGAGAAGUUCGAAGUCCAAACCAUGAGUCGAACAGCUUUUUGCUUCUUGGCAGAAUGUUCAGAUUCGCCCGUGUUUCGGAGAGCUGUCUUUGAUCAUUGGACCCGAGGACGGCAGUUAUCAGCACUCCUUGAUCUGCGCAUCUCGGAACUUCAAGAUUCUUGCGUUGGCGGAGCAUGGAGCCGAAGACUGCAACGCUUAGUAAACGAACAAAUCGAAGUUGACUACUUGGCAUCUUGGUUGUCUACUCUUGGUGGCGCGUUUUCUGCUUUGGGAGACUCGUUGGCACAUUGCGCUGAAAUCGCCGGAAAAAUAUCUAGGCAACAACACCUUCUGGCUUGUUGGUACGGCGAUAGAAUCACCGCUGCGAAGUGUCGAAUAUUCCAUUCUAUCAGCCUGAUGCAAGGUGGAAAGUUUCUGCAAGCAAAGCAGAUCAUACGCUCAGAAUAUGCAUUUGCCAAGUCAUUGCCUGUGAAUCAGAGAGACAAGCGUUUGGAGAACAUGUGUCUUGGAGUUUGGGCGAAGUUACGAAAUAAUUUUAUUGCAAUGGUUAUCGGGUGUGGUAAUGCCCUGAAAGGCAUGCGAAGCUCUUCUACCGUUAAAGUGCAUUGUAAGAAAGAGAAAUUGAAGCAUCGCUUUGAAAUCAUCCGGAAGCUCGGUGAGGGAACUUGUGGAAAGGUGCAACUUGGACUUAAUCGAGAAACCGGUCAGCAGGUCGCUGUCAAAAUCAUCAAGAAAUCAAAAAUACAAACGGAUGAAGACUUGAUAAGAAUUCGUCGGGAAAUACAGAUCAUGUCCAGUGUUCGACAUCCCAGUAUCAUACCCAUCUUAGAAGUUUUCGAAAAUAAAGACAAGAUCGUGCUUGUUAUGGAGUAUGCUGCUGGGGGUGAACUUUAUGACUAUAUUGUUGGAAAGUGUGGGCUUUUGGAACCUGACGCACGACGAAUCUUUCGCCAAAUCGCUGCUGCUGUCUAUUAUUGUCACAAGCACAAUAUUUGUCACCGGGAUCUGAAACUGGAGAAUGUGUUGAUGGAUGAGAACGGAAACGCUAAGAUCGCUGAUUUUGGGCUGUCAAAUGUCUUUGAUGAGAAGCGGAAGUUGACGACGUAUUGUGGAAGUCCUUUGUACGCCUCCCCGGAAGUUGUAAAGGGAGUGCCGUAUACUGGGCCAGAAAUUGACUGCUGGUCUCUGGGAGUAAUGUUGUACACAUUGGUAUACAGCGCAAUGCCGUUUGAUGGCUCGAAUUUCAAACGACUUGUGAAGCAAAUCACGACCGGUGAUUUUAAAGAGCCGGGCGAGAAGUCAGGUGCUUCGGACUUGAUCAAAGGCAUGCUGACGCCGGAUCCAACGAAACGCCUCAAGAUCGAUCAGAUCUGUUCACAUUCAUGGGUGAACGAAGGUUAUGAAGUUUCCUGCUUAAACGUCGCUAAUGAACUCGUCAAGCAAACUCCAGUGCGCCUUGGUUUAUUGCUCUCCUUGGCUCCAAGUCCCAAGUCCUGUGAAAAACUCGUUGUCAAUUCAGACGAAGAAGAUGAGUCUCUCAGCUUGUCCACUGUUCCGGACGACGAGCCACCUCCGUUGACUGACGACGAAAAUUCAGGAACGUUGGAAAAUAUACGCGAUAAAUUCGAAAAAGAGCUAAGCGAGGAAAAAGACAAUCCAGAACCGCAAGAUGAUUCUAAGCAGGUAGUAUCAUCGGGAAAUUCUUCGGAUCAUCUUCAAGUGACUGAAGACGACGAGGAUGCACAAAAGACUCCGACGCCGUUUGCUGACGAAUCUUCUCCAUUUGGAAUGAAGCUUGCUGGUGCAAAAACAAGUCAGCACCUGCCUCUAGUCGGAGCGAGGAUGCCCUCCGGAAUUUAUGCGUGCGGUCUGUCUCAUUCCUUGAGCCUCAAUCAGACUCCUUGGAAAAUGCCUGAGGAGCACCCGGGGGAUAAGACACCAACGUUAGAAAAAAGUAUGGAUACCUUCGGAUCGCCGGAAAAUGUCCCAAUCCAUGCGUCAGAUUCGAUCGCAUCAGAGGAGGAGGCAGUUGUUGGACCAGAACAGCCAUCGACUUCACCAUCGCAGACUACAUCUCCCGCGAAAAAAAAGUCGUCAUUAUCGUUUUCACUGGCUCCUGUUGAUGAGCAUGAAGAACCGCAACCGCACAAGACGAAAGUUAUCUCCAGUGUAUCUUUCAAAGUUGCACCCGUCAAACUUGCUGAGCAGCUUGGAUUCCGAACAGUGCAGGAAGAAAAUCGUGCUGACGACGUAUGUUCUGCAACCUCGAGGAUGUCAUCGAAAAUGAACGAAGCUGGAGCCAUCCAUAAGCUGCCGGUUUUGCACCAUAGUCCUCGAGAAUGUAUAAUACCGAUAGCAUUGGAAGAAGGGGGUUAUGCUCCAACUCCCUCUUCGUCGGUUACUUCAAUCGCUUCGGAGUCGUCGACUUCCAGUCGUCAGACUCGUUCCUCGAGCUUUCAACGUAUCAGCGGUAACCCCGAUUCGCUGCGCAGCAGAGUUCACUCCUUCUUCAACGACGAUAAUCAAGAGAAUUCCAGGCAUUUGGUGCGGAAGAGCUCUGAAGGGAACGAACACCGAUUUGGAACUAACUUGGAGCAACGAGCGACGACUUCUCGUUAUAGGAGAUAUGCUUCUACUCUAUCGGCUUCAUCUCUGGAUGAUGCUGAGGAUGUGGACAAAUUGAACGCUGCAGCAAUUGGUUCAAGACCACGCUUGAAGCUGAAACUUGAAAAGAGGGAUAGUGUGAGUUCAACGGACGACGAAGACGAUGACGAUUUCGAGAUACUCAGUGCGGAUUCUCUCUUCAACUCAAUGCUGGCUCGGGUUCGCGGAUUUUCUCGAACCAUUCGUUCGAACGAUGAUCAUUUUGGCAUAUCGAGGAACUUGGGCGCCUCAGCGUUUUCGUCUUCCACGAAUUCCUUGCUGGGUUCAUUCAACAAAGGCCAACUCUUCUCCAACUGUGGGUUCGGGUGGGAUCGUGACGAAGAAUGGGAUGAUUUUUUUCGGUAAUUCUGCAUCCCGUCAGUCAAUUUUCGAGCUUGUGUUUUUGCUGCGUCAAUGUUAGUCGCCCUUUCAUCCUUCCUCAGUUCCUUUAUGUUCGUUAUUUUUUUCUGGCUUGCGGAAAGCCUUACGAAAUGAGCUUCUUUGGACCGUUGGUCUGUGCAAAGGUAUUCUUUAUUAGUAAAGCAUUUCCUUGUUUUCCAAUAGUAAUUCAGAAAUUCUUUUGACGGAUCAGCAGCCACUCGCAUCUAUACUUGUAUGUAAACUCUUCACGCAACAUGGAAUUCCGUGCCCUUUAAGUUUUUGAAUCUUCCAUUUUUGAUGAGGUGUUCCGCUGUUGAACUUCGACUACAACGAACAUUUUGCGUAUCCAAUUCGUUGUACCAAUGAUUUGUUGUAGAAAGACUGGUUUUGAAAAGUAGGACCUUGUAUCCCAUGUUUUCUGAUGCUGACGUGAUCAAAGAAAAAUUUUUGUUUUCAAUCGAGAAGAAUAUUUGAAUUAAUUAGUGGAACUCAGUGCCGGAUACGUGUUAAAUGUAAGCUUUCGUAAAUAUUAACAAGAGCAUUUUACGGCAAUCACGUUUUAGAGUUCGUCAUGGUCGUAUCAGUUAAGCAAUUCGAAAAAUUGCGCUUAGCAUUCGAUACUGUACUUUAUUCAUCUUACCAGGCAGUGGGAAUCGUGUUGUACUAAUAGAUAUCUCUAUGAUGACAUUUGUGUUGGAGAUUGCAAUAAAGAUGACAAUCGCACUGUCUCAA